CACAGAGAGGGUCUCACUUGCUUGCGAGUAGGCCAGAGACAAGCUAUGAAAGCUUUGCGUAGCCUGUUUCACUGCUGCGUUGGUCCAGUGGCGAGAGGUGUACUUGGGCUUAAUGGCACGCAUGACGACACAGGGAAGGCUAUAGCUCAGGAGAUUGAUGACACAGGUGUACACCAAAGGCCCUACAUCAAGAGACUUCUAUGUUCUAGGAGCAAGCUGGUCAACGCUUUGCUUAGCGAGUCACAGCAUGUCAUUGCCAGGGUCUGAGACCGUUGGCUGAUAGUCAGGACGCGAAAGAAGCGAUAUGCGUGCGUGUUCGGGCCACUAUUCCAG